UUUCAGUAUUUUCUCUCUGUAUUCCCUUCAACACUAGACAAGUUUUCUUAUUUUCUCACCUUGGCUUAAACAAUGGUGUCUGAAAACAUUGAUUAAAAACCUUCCCCACAUCACCAUUUAGGUAAAAUCAAAUUCAAUUUGAGCAAGGUCCUGAACCCUCAAUGGCUAGCACAAAUCCCACCCAUGGCCACACCGACCAAGAACAAAGUACUUGGUACAUAGUUCUAAGGCUGACCUUUGACACUUCUCAGAUUGUUACUAGGUUCCAACUUACCAUGCAUGAUGGGGUUCAUUUCACACUUGAACAAAUACCUGAUUCAGAGGCAGACCUGCUUCCUUUCAAUCCUAUGCUCCAUGAGGCCUGGACUCAAAGGGAUUAUGAACUCGUACAUGAACCAUACACACACCUGAUUCCUCGUGGAAAUUGGCUUAACGAGUCUUUGACCCUGAGACAGCAUCAGGUUCCUGAACAUGUUCAGAACCAAGUUGAUGAGUUCUUUAGCCUACUACCACCAUCAGACUACGCUGGACAGUAUCCCAGGUUCUGGUUUGGGGACAUUGUGGUGGGUCCAUCUGCUUCCAACAACUCUAGUGCUGACCAGACACUGCAAAUGCUCCCAGUGAAUGUUCCAAAUGAAGAAGCUGGCGGUAGCACCUAUGAGUCUCAAAUUCAAAUGGGUGCUGCAACUGCAACCCCUUCCAUGAAUGCCAAUGCAGAUGCUGAUGAAGAAAUUGAUUUGGAGUUGCGCUUGGGAAGAAGCCAAUGAGACUCAAAUAUUUGUACCAUGGACGAAUAUGCAGCCAAGUGUUAUUGUAUCACCAUUGUUACGUAGAAAAAUGAUUUUUUAACAACUAAAUUUUGUCAAUUUUUUCUUACUAUCUGAGAUGACAUCUUUUUAAGUGAUUUUUCAUUCUUUUAUUUACUCAUUCUCUAUAUUUCAAAACUCUUUAGAAGACGUCACUUCAGAUUAUAAAAGAAAGUUGUCAAAAUUUGGGUAUCAAAAUAUUAUUCUCCUAUCA